AUGAAUUUUUUUGCAAAAAAAUGUUAUGGUUUUAUUUUAAAAACAUUUACAUACAAGAAAUACAAUAUAGAUACAUUUUACAGCCCCACCACAAGAGCUAUUCAUACGCUUUCUCUUUCAUUUCUCCAUUUUAUAAUAUUUUAUUUUAUUAAACAAGGCGAUAAGACGAAUUUCUUUUCUAAUAUAGAAGUAGCAAUAAUAUACAUUACAUCACUAAACAUGUGUAAUCCUUUAAUAAAAUACAAGAAAUAUUGUAAUAUAUCAAAAGUUAUCUUUUUAAUCUGUUUUUUAUUAGGUCCUAUAUUGCAUACCUUAACAAAAGAAAUAUGUACAGAUACGAUUUUUUUCUGGCAUUCUAUUUGUCAAAUAUUUUACGUAGGAAAUUCUGUUGUAUUUUUUAUUUAUAAUAAAAAACCUAUAAGACGGCUUUAUAAGGAAGACGAAGUAUUACAACUCGAAGAAAGUAUUAAUAUUCCUAAUCCAUAUCGCCCCAGCAUGGUGUGUGGGAAUGUGGCUGUUACAAUUGGUAUGAUUUUAUUAUCAUCUAGAUUUCAUAAUAUUUCGUCAGUGUUUUGUUUUUUUUGUAUUUCUUUAAUUUAUUUUACGACAUUACCAAAUUAUCACGAAAAAAUUAAAUUGCAUAAAAAUUUAGUUCUGUCAAUGUUAUGGAUUGGUAUGGUAAGCACACUAUUAUAUUUUUUUGAAAAAUCUCUAUUUUUUACUUUAAAAAUACUAGUAAUGUAUAUGUAUGGAGUCACAUAUCUUGUUAAAUGUGUCUUAAAACAGUAG